AACUGGAGAAAAGCCACUACUCGGAUCAUGAAAUGAGGAAGCUGCAGGAGGAGGAGCAGCUGAGGAGGAGGAAGGAGAACAUCUACGAUGAUGAUGAUGAAAGGCCUGGCAAAACUGUCAUCAUGGCUCAAGACCUGGAGGAGAAAUGGGAGCAGAAGUUCCUGCAGUUUGAAGCUGCUCCACGGGUGACAGAUGCUGACAAAGCCAACACUCUGACGUCGCUGGACAGGAGGCUGGACAGCAGCCUGCUGCUGCUGGUGAAACAGAAAGUUGGCAAGCAGGAGCUGUGGCUGCUGCCUCAAGCCGAGUGGCAGCCUGGAGAGACGCUGCGGAGCACAGCCGAGAGAGCCAUGGGAACGGUUUUGGGAGAACACAUCCAAGCCAAAGUCCUGGGCAAUGCACCACAUGGGAUUUACAAGUACAAAUUCCCCAGGGCCAUCAGGACUGAGGAUAAUGUGGGAGCCAAAGUGUUCUUCUUCAAAGCCUUCCUGCAGAGCAGUGAUCUGUCCCAGGCAGAGCUGAAGGAGGAUUACCUCUGGGUGGCCAAGGACGAGCUGGGAGGCUACUUGAAGUCGGAAUACCUGAAGAAAGUAAAUCAGUUCCUUCUGGACUUGUAAGCAGCAGGCUGUGCUCCAGCAGAUGGGAAAGGUGUGGGACAUGGCUCCAGGGAGGAGCACAGCUGCUGCUUUGCACGGUCUGUGAGAUGGUAGCUUGGGCUCUGGAGGAUAAUUUGCCUCUGCCUUGUUUCCCAGUUCUCUUCUCAGGACCUGUACUAAAUAAAUAUUAAAACCUGGCCUAGGAAGUGAA